AUGGGGAGGAAGACACCCGGGGGAGCAGCGGCGCAGACAAAGCCGGAGCUGCACCCCGCACGGUGCGGGCAGCGGCUGCCGGCUCUGCUUCGCCCCGCGCUGGCUCUAAGGGACGCUCCGCGCACUGACAUGACUAAGCACGACCCGCACCGAGAGGCUUCUCGCUCCGCACCCGCGCAAGGCGGGGGGACUCACCUGCCCGCCCCGGCGCCGCCGACUCCUCCACAGGGGCAGCCGCUCCUCCGCGCGGGCUCCGCCGCCGCGGCCGCAGCCAGCGCCGCCCCGCGCCGCCCCGGAGCCGCGCACCGAGCCGCGCCCGCGGAGCCGCCGCCUCCCGCCGCCGGGGCGGGCCGGGGGUGCUGUCAGCCGGCGGCUGACGCAGGGCGCUUCAUCCCGGCGAUGAAGACCCCAGCGGCGGGCAGAGACCAGCCGUCGCGCCCGGCGCCGCUCGGGGCGGACGGGGACGCUCCGCGCCCGCGGUAGGGUGACCCCCCCUUUUCCUUCCCUUCCGCGCCCCGGAGCCCCCGGCAUGGAGCGCCCGCUCAACCUCAGCUGCUUUGCCGAUACGACGCCGGACACCGGCAACCGGAGCGGAUCCUCCGCCGGCCCGGACGGCGGCCGGACGCCCCUCUCCGUCUUCAGCGUGUUGGUCCUCACCCUGUUGGCCAUGCUGGUGGUGGCCACAUUCCUCUGGAACGGGCUGGUUCUGGCCACCAUCUUCCGAGUGCGCACUUUCCACCGGGUGCCCCACAACCUGGUGGCUUCCAUGGCCAUCUCCGACGUGAUGGUGGCAGCCCUGGUCAUGCCCCUCAGCUUGGUGCAUGAGUUGUCUGGUCGGCGGUGGCGGCUGGGCCGGUUGCUCUGCCAGGUGUGGAUCUCCUUCGACGUGCUGUGCUGCACCGCCAGCAUCUGGAAUGUCACGGCCAUUGCCCUCGACCGCUACUGGUCCAUCACCCGCCAUCUGGAGUACACGCUCCGCACCCGGCGCCGCAUCUCCAACAUCAUGAUUGCCCUCACCUGGGCACUUUCUGCCUUCAUCUCCUUGGCCCCACUACUCUUUGGCUGGGGAGAGACUUACUCGGAGAACAAUGAGGAGUGCCAGGUCAGCCAGGAGCCUUCCUACACCAUCUUCUCCACGUUUGGCGCCUUCUACCUGCCCCUCUGCGUAGUGCUUUUUGUGUACUGGAAGAUCUACAAGGCCGCCAAGUUUCGAAUUGGGUCUCGGAAGAGCAACUCCAUCACCCCCAUUACACGAGAAGGCCUGGAGGUAAAAGAAGCUGCCCAGCAGCCGCAGAUGGUCUUCACUGUCCGUCAUGCCACUGUUACGUUCCAGACGGAUGGAGACACGUGGAGAGAGCAGAAGGAAAAGAAAGCUGCCCUCAUGGUGGGCAUCCUUAUUGGGGUCUUUGUGCUCUGCUGGAUCCCCUUCUUCAUCACAGAGCUCAUCAACCCCCUCUGCUCGUGUGACAUCCCACCCAUUUGGAAGAGUAUUUUUCUAUGGUUAGGCUAUUCAAAUUCCUUUUUUAAUCCACUCAUCUACACUGCUUUCAACAAAAACUACAACAAUGCCUUCAGGAACCUAUUCUUUAGGCAGCACUGAGCAGAAAAAGCUUUUCUGCUGUCCCAGGAAGAUCAUUUCAACUCUCAAUAAAUCCUACCAAAUUCUUGAGGAAGAUCAAAGCCACAGAUACUGAGGUGAUGCUAUAGACGCAUCCCCAUGGGUCAUACAUUGCAGCAACAGUCCUGGUUCCUACGCAGACUCUCCAUCACCACCUCUAAGUCAGUUGCUAUUUUAACUGCAAACAGCAUGUAGGGUUUCUCUGGCCAGCUGCACCGCAUUCUCCCUCCAGUGCCCCUUCCUAGUGAUGUUCUGUUUGGUGACAGUAACGGUGCAGAGGAGUCUGCUGGCAAGGAGUCAUAUUUGAAAAGCUGGUUUGGCUGCUGCCGGUCUCUCACAGCAUUAACAACUUUGUCCCAUGUGCAAAACUGGGACCCUUUAAUGUCAGGAGAUUUUAUGAUUAUGUAUAAAGCUAGGUAUUUUAUGGUUUGGAUGAAAAGACUGUCUUUAACUGGUAGAGAUUGUUAAGUGUUUGUUUUGGGGGAAUAAAACACUCAUAAUGGUUAAGAGCAGACUCCAAGUAUAAAGCCUUUUCUCACACGCUUUAUCAACAAUAAAUUGUGCUAUUUGCUAUUGGA